AUGGAGACCGGCGCUGGCUCGCACCCGCUGCGCCUGUUCGUUUGCCUGAUGCCACUUUCUCUCGCGUUGCUCUUGGGACCAGGGAGACCCGGGACCGCGGAGGAAGUCAUCCUCUUGGAUUCUAAAGCCUCCCAGGCUGAGCUGGGCUGGACUGCAUUGCCGAGUAAUGGGUGGGAGGAGAUCAGCGGCGUGGACGAGCACGACCGUCCCAUCCGCACGUACCAGGUGUGCAACGUGCUGGAGCCCAACCAGGACAACUGGCUGCAGACGGGCUGGAUCGGCCGCGGCCGCGGGCAGCGCAUCUUCGUGGAGCUGCAGUUCACGCUGCGCGACUGCGGCAGCAUCCCCGGCGCCGCGGGCACCUGCAAGGAGACCUUCAACGUCUACUACCUGGAGAGCGAGGCCGACCCGGGCCGCGGCCGGCCCCGCCCGGGCGGCAGCCGGCCCCGCAAGAUCGACACCAUCGCCGCGGACGAGAGCUUCACGCAGGGCGACCUGGGCGAGCGCAAGAUGAAACUGAACACGGAGGUGCGCGAGCUCGGCCCGCUCAGCCGGCGGGGCUUCCACCUGGCCUUCCAGGACGUGGGCGCGUGCGUGGCGCUGGUGUCCGUGCGCGUCUACUACAAGCAGUGCCGCGCCACCGUGCGGGGCCUGGCGGCGUUCCCGGCCACCGCGGCCGAGAGCGCCUUCUCCACGCUGGUGGAGGUGACCGGAACGUGCGUGGCGCACUCGGAAGGGGUGCCCGGCAGCCCCCCGCGCAUGCACUGCGGGGCCGACGGCGAGUGGCNCGUGGGCCGCUGCAGCUGCAGUGCGGGAUUCCAGGAACGCGGCGACGUCUGUGAAGCCUGUCCCCCAGGGUUUUACAAGGUGUCCUCGCGGCGACCCCUCUGCUCACCAUGCCCAGAGCACAGCCGGGCCCUGGAAAACGCCUCCACGUUCUGCGUGUGCCAGGACAGCUACGCGCGCUCGCCCACGGACCCGCCCUGGGCCUCCUGCACCCCUGGAGCCGCGGGGGCCAACGGCACGGAGUACGAGAUCCGCUACUACGAGAAGGGUCAGAGUGAGCAGACUUACUCCACAGUGAAGACAGGGGCACCUGCGGUCACCGUCACCAACCUGAAGCCAGCUACUCGCUACGUCUUUCAGAUCCGAGCGUCUUCCCCGGGGCCCUCCUGGGAGACCCAGAGCUUCAACCCCAGCAUUGAAGUACAGACCCCAGGGGAGGCUGCCUCAGGCUCCAGGGACCAGAGCCCUGCAGUUGUUGUCACUGUGGUGACCAUCUCAGCCCUCCUUGUCCUGGGCUCUGUGAUGAGCGUGCUGGCCAUUUGGAGGAGGCCCUGCAGCUAUGGCAAAGGAGGUCAGGAUGCCCACGAUGAGGAGGAGCUGUAUUUCCACUUCAAAGUCCCAACACGCCGCACGUUCGUGGACCCCCAGAGCUGUGGGGACCCACUGCAGGCUGUUCACCUGUUUGCCAAGGAGCUGGAUGCAAAAAGUGUCACAGUGGAGAAGAGCCUUGGAGCAGGGCGGUUUGGGGAGCUAUGCUGUGGCUGCCUGCAGCUCCCUGGCCGCCAGGGGCUCCCCGUGGCCGUGCACACGCUGAGGGAAGGCUGCUCCGACUCCCAGAGGCUCAGCUUCCUGGCCGAGGCCCUCACCCUGGGUCAGUUUGACCAUAGCCAUAUUGUGCGGCUGGAGGGUGUUGUCACCAGAGGAAGCACCUUGAUGAUUGUCACUGAGUAUAUGAGCCACGGGGCCCUGGACGGCUUCCUCAGGCGGCACGAGGGACAGAUGGUGGCUGGGCAGCUGCUGGGGCUGCUGCCUGGGCUGGCAUCGGCCAUGAAGUAUCUGUCGGAGAUGGGCUACGUUCACCGGGGCCUGGCCGCCCGCCGCGUUCUGGUCAGCAGUGGCCUUGUCUGCAAGAUUUCUGGCUUUGGGCGUGGACCUCGGGACCGAGCAGAGGCUGUCUACACCACCAUGAGUGGCCGGAGCCCAGCGCUGUGGGCCGCCCCCGAGACGCUGCAGUUUGGCCACUUCAGUUCCGCCAGUGAUGUGUGGAGCUUCGGUGUUGUCAUGUGGGAGGUGAUGGCGUUUGGGGAGCGGCCCUACUGGGAUAUGUCUGGCCAAGACGUGAUCAAGGCUGUGGAGGAUGGCUUCCGGCUGCCGCCCCCCAGGAACUGCCCUUCCCCGCUGCACCGACUGAUGCUUGACUGCUGGCAGAAGGACCCAGGUGAGCGGCCCAGGUUCUCCCAGAUCCACAGCAUCCUGAGCAAGAUGGUGCAGGACCCAGAACCCCCGAAGUGUGCUACAACCACCUGUCCCAGGCCGCCCACGCCUCUGGCAGACCGUGCCUUUUCCACCUUCCCCUCCUUUGGCUCCGUGGGCGCAUGGCUGGAGGCCCUGGACCUGGGCCGCUACAAGGACAGCUUCACUGCAGCCGGCUACGGGAGCCUGGAGGCCGUGGCCGCCAUGACUGCCCAAGACCUGGUGAGCUUGGGCAUCUCGUCGGUGGAGCACCGGGAGGCCCUCCUCAGCGGGAUCAGUGCCCUGCGGGCACGAGUACUCCAGCUGCAGGGCCGGGGGGUGCAGGUGUGA